GCCGCAACAGGUCCUCAAGGGCACCCUGGGCCUCGCCGGCGCUCCUCCAAGGCAGGCGCCUUUCCGGACCCGCCCCGUCCCGGGGUCUGGCCGGCGCGCGGGGCAGCGGGGCGGCCUCUCCGGAAGCCAUCCUGGUGGUCCCCGAAGCCGACUCAUAAAUCAUUCAUGAGCCGGGGCCGGGCGAGCAGGGCUGGGAGGAAAGAGGGGGGCGGCAGCGGCGGCGAGGGCUGACCGGUAGCUGGACCGGGCGCACGGGAUGGUGCUUUGAUCGACUGACUGUACCCCCUCAGCCGAGAAGGUUCUCUGCCACCCUUCACCGCAUGCCAACCCAGCCAGAAAACCAAGGAUUCCGCAGACUCAGUCCUCGCCACGCCUCUUCCGCACAGAAACACACUCCUGUCUUCCCCAAGGCUUCCAGAACCUCUGAAGAGGGAGGCCCCCAGUUCUACCUCAUGUUUGGGGCAUCUUGCUAGCCAUGGCCCUUCUCCUUGGCUUCCUGCUGCUGCUGGGGCUUCAUGGGGACACCAUGUCAGAGGGGCCGCCGCCAUCAUCCACAUACAUUCCUGAUGGUUUGGAAUUUGAAUUUCCUCCAACGAACUAUGAGACCAAAGAUUCUUAUGAAGCUGGACCCACUGGCAUCUUCUUUCAAAUUGUGCACAUCUUUCUACACAUGGUGCAGCCUAAUGCUUUCCCUGAAGAUAUUUUAAGAAAAGUUGUCCAGAAGAAGUUUGACCUCUCAACGGAUUAUGAGAAGAUUAUCUACUAUGAGAUCGGGAUUAUUACCUGUGCUGUCCUGGGAUUGCUGUUUAUUAUUCUGAUGCCUCUGGUGGGGUUUGUCUUUAGUUUGUGUCGUUGCUGUAACAAGUGUGGUGGAGAAAUGCACCAGCGACAGAAGAAAAAUGGGGCCGCCCUCAAGAACUACUUUACACUCUCCCUCUUGGUGAUUUGUAUAUUUAUAAGCAUUGGUAUCAUCUAUGGUUUUGUGGCGAACCAACACAUAAGGACUCACGUUGAAAAGACGCGGAAAUUGUCAGAAAGUAAUUUCAACGACUUGAGAACUCUCCUGAAUGCAACUCCAGGGCAAAUCGACUAUGUACUGGACCAGUAUACCACCACAAAGGCAAGGGCAUUCUCAGAUCUGGACAAUAUUAAGUUGUUGCUGGGAGGCGGAAUUUUCGAACACCUCAAGCCUAGAGUGGUCCCUGUGCUGGAUGACAUCAAGGCCAUGGCAGAAGAAAUCCAAGAGACCAGAGAAACCCUGGUCGAAGUGAACAGUAUCUUAACGGACAUGAGACACUUAUCUGCAAAUCUUAGCAACAGCCUGAGUAACGUGAAAAGGAACCUGGAGCAAGCACUCAAUGACCCCAUGUGCUCUGUGCACCCGGUAAUGACCACUUGCAGCAACAUUAUGAACUCUCUACGCCUUCUGGAUGGCAGCAUCGAUUUUGAUCAGCUCCCAUCUUUGGAUGAACAAAUUGGUAACCUUAAUGAUAUUCUUCAAACAAAUUUGUCCAGCCUAGUCCAAAAGGGCUACAAAUCUUUUAAUGCUAUACCUGGGAUAGUGCAAAAUGAAACCGUGCACGUCGUAUCAGAUGUCAAAAUGACCUUGGAUUCCAUUGGUUCUGAUAUCAAAAAUAUAAGCAAAAAUAUUCCUAUUCAGGAUAAGCUGUCAAAUUUCAUUCGUUACCUUAACGACACGGAAAAUUACAUCCACCGCCAUUUACCCACUUUGGAAGAAUAUGAUUCAUACAGGUGGCUGGGUUCCUUGGUCGUCUGCUGUUUACUGACCCUCAUAGUGAUUUUUUAUUGCCUGGGCUUAUUGUGUGGCACGUACGGCUACAACCAGAAUGCCACCCCAACCAGACGAGGCUGCGUCUCAAACACUGGAGGCAUCUUCCUCAUGGUCGGGGUUGGAUUCAGUUUCUUCUUUUGUUGGCUAUUGAUGACCAUCGUGGUUCUGACUUUUGUUGUUGGUGGAAAUGUGGAAAAACUGGUCUGUGAACCUUACCAAAACAAAAAGUUAUUCCAGGUUUUGGACACGCCAUAUUUACUAAAUGCGGAUUGGAAAUACUAUCUCUCUGGCAUGGUAUUUAACAAACCAGAUAUUCAUCUCACUUUUGAACAAGUUUACAGCGAUUGCAAAGAAAAUAAAGGCAUUUAUGCCACACUUAAGCUAGAGAACACCUACAAUAUCAGUGAAUUUCUCAGCAUUAAAGAGCAUACCGGAAACAUAAAUAAUAAUUUUGAAAAUAUGAAUAUAAGAAUCGACAAUAUAGUUCUGCUGGAUGAGGCAGGAAAAAGAAACCUUAUGGAUUUCAGCUCUUCAGGAAUAGACAAAAUAGACUAUGGUGCCUUCAUGGCUGCGACUGGGAAAAAUCCCACAAAAGUGAAUCUUUUAUCAUUUGCAAAUGAUCUAGAAGUAAAAGCAAACCACUUGCCCCAAGGAAAUUUGAAACAGACCCUGAAAAAUAAUGCAGGAAUCUUAAGAAAUAUUCAUCGUGAUGAAAUCAUUCCUUUGCAAAAAUUAAUGAGUGCUGUGCACCAAAAAUUGAAGGACCUUCAACAGAAAAGCAGUGGAUUGGGGGUGAAAGUGGCCAAUAUCAUUCUCGUUUUGGAUUCUGCUCAGGACUUAAUCACAAACCAAAUCUCCACAAUUAUUGCUGAAGAAAGUAAGAAGUAUGGGAAUUCGAUAAUGAGCUACUUUGAACGUUAUCUGCAGUGGGUCAAGAUCUCUAUCACUGAGCAAAUGGCAGCCUGCAAACCAGUGGCCACCGCCCUAGAUUCAGCUAUUGAUGUCUUUCUGUGCAGCUACAUUAUCGACCCCCUGAAUUUGUUUUGGUUUGGUAUAGGAAAAGCUACCGCAUUUUUACUUCCGGCUAUCAUUUUUGCUGUAAAGCUGGCUAAGUACUACCGUCGAAUGGAUUCUGAAGAUGUAUAUGACGAUGAUGUUGAAACUAUACCCAUGAAAAAAUAUGGAAAAUGCUAAUACUGGUUCUCGUAGACAUCAAUCCUCCAGUAUGGAAAAGGCCAAUAUCGGUUCUCAUAGACAUCGAGACACCCAGACAAAUUGAACAAAGUUUUUAAACAGAUCCAACUGCACGAGUUCAUGACCUGCAGCAUCUCCAAAUAUUGGGAAAGAAACCUUCCGUUCAGGAGCUUACAGAGUUCAGUGGGUCACAUGGAGUAUGCACUGACCGGCCUAAGAGUGGAAAGCGCGCACGCCUAUUUUUUAGAAGUUUUGCUUUAAUCAUCUGAGCCUUCUAUGAAAAUUUUAAUAUGUAAAACAUUCAUGAAUUCCCACUUUAGCCUUUGGAGCAAGACAGGAAUUUGAGCACAUUUCAUCCAAUGGGAACUUCGACUCCUAGUUAGAGAAAGUCCAGAAAAUAGCAGAUCUGUGUGUGAACAAUAAAAGAAUGAUUUCAGAAUUA